AAAAUAAAGCUGCACAAUUAUUUCCUUAUACACACUGCCAUCUCGAAAAUAAAAACUCUACUACUUGCUUAUUUCAUAUCACCCAAACAUUCUUCUCCAACCUACCUGAAAAAAGCAGAAGCAGGAAACCAUGGGAGACUGCAUCUCAAAAUUGAGAAAAUCCGGUUCCCAUGAAAUCCCAAUCGUCGAUCGAACCUUUCCUGUAGACCCGCGACCCGACAAUACAGGACAACAGUACAGCGACCCACGACUUCCGCAGCCGUCGUGGGACAGGUUUCCUUCGUCUAAUACAGCUUCGUCGUCUACCGAGACUGGACCCGUUUUACGAAAAGCUUAUGUUGAUGUCAGGACCCUGUAUACUAUUGAGAAGGAAUUGGGGAAGGGUCAGUUUGGGAUCACUUACCUUUGUACGGAGAAGGCAACGGGGACGAAGUACGCCUGCAAGUCUAUUCCCCGAAGGAAGCUGUUGACCCAGAAGGACAAAGAAGAUGUCAGGAGAGAAAUUAAGGUACUGCAGUAUCUUACAGGGCAGCCCAAUAUCGUGGAGUUUAAGGGUGCGUAUGAGGAUAAGGAGGCUCUGCAUUUGGUGAUGGAGCUGUGCGCCGGCGGCGAGCUGUUUGAUCGGAUUAUAUCGAAAGGAAGUUAUUCGGAGCGGGAAGCAGCGACCAUUUUUAGGCAGGUUAUGAACGUGGUUCAUGUUUGUCAUUUCAUGGGAGUUAUGCACAGGGACUUGAAACCCGAGAAUUUCUUGAUGGUUAGCAAGGAUGAGAAAUCUCCUCUUAAAGCUACGGAUUUUGGACUUUCUAUCUUCAUUGAAGGAGGUAAAGUGUAUAAAGAAAUUGUUGGAAGUUCAUAUUAUGUUGCCCCUGAAGUCUUGAACAGGAACUAUGGAAAGGAGAUGGAUGUAUGGAGUGCUGGAAUCAUUUUAUACAUCCUUCUAAGUGGAACACCUCCGUUUUGGGCAGAGACAGAUGGAGAUGUAUUUCAAGCAGUCUUAAAAGGUAAACUUGACUUAGUAAGCCCGCCAUGGCCUUCCAUAACAGAGGGUGCAAAAGACCUUAUCAGAAAGAUGUUAAUAAAGGAACCGAAAAAGCGAAUUACAGCUGCCCAAGCCCUCGAGCAUCCAUGGUUGAAGGUGGAUGGUGAAGCGUCUGAUAGACCUAUUGAUAGUGCUGUUCUAAACAGGCUGAAGCAAUUUAGAGCAAUGAACAAGAUGAAGAAACUUGCCUUGAAGGUGAUUGCAAAAAACCUUUCAGAAGAUGAAAUCGUGGGCUUGAAAGAGAUGUUCAACAACAUGGACACUGAUAGAAGUGGAACAAUCACAUUUGAAGAACUCAAAACCGGCUUGGCCAGACUUGGAUCUAGGCUUUCCGAUGCAGAAGCAAAGCAACUCAUGGAUGCUGCUGAUGUUGACAAGAAUGGAACAAUUGAUUACAUUGAGUUUAUUACUGCUACGAUGCAUCGGCAUAGGCUUGAGAAGGAAGAAAACCUUUAUGCGGCAUUCCAAUACUUUGACACGGAUGGCAGUGGGUUUAUCUCGAGAGAGGAAUUAAGCCAGGCACUGAACCAGUAUGGAAUGGGGGAUGACGCAACAAUAGACGAAAUCUUGGAUGACGUUGAUACUAACAAGGAUGGGAGAAUAAAUUACGAUGAAUUUGUAGCCAUGAUGAAGAAGGGUACACAAGAUUAUGAGGCGAAACAGAGAUAAGUGUCUCCUAAUACCAUCCAAACACAAUUAGGCUCUAGGGUUUGCGUUUAUGUAUGUCAUGUUAAUAUUAAUAAGUUCUCAAAUCUGGAUACAUGAAUAAAGUUUUACCCUGUCACUGUCAUCGACUGAGGUUUAUACGGUGUCUGAAGGUCUAUACCAUGUACAGAACAGAAGUACUCUCUAUAAAGUAACGUAUUGCACUUUUUAUCAGUGCUGUAAAUUGUAAUGAUAAAUAGAUGAGAUGUGGUUGCUAUGCCACACCAAUUUCUCAUAUGAAUAAGCUGUAGAUGCAAUU